UAGAGGUGGAACCCAUUCAAAUAUAUCAUUAAAAUUUUAAAAUAUACAUGAAUGAUUAAUAAACCAAUGACUGAAAAUCUACCACAUUCCCUUCUUUUGAAGAGACCUACAAAUUUAGUACUUUAUGAAGUUUUCGAAACAAUUAAAACUCGUUAUCCUAACUCCAAAAGAACUUUAAAAGAUACAUGUAAACGUAAGAAAGAUAACACAAAUAUAUCCAAUCCAGUUGAAGAUUUAUCAGCUCAUUCUUCAGCACAGUCUUUAUCAUCAUUAAAAAUUAAUAAAAAUGAUAGUAUAAUUCAAAAAAAUAAUAAAAUAGAUAUUUCUUCUACAUCAUCAAAUGCUGAUUCAAUUAAUUCCUUUGAAAUAGUUAACCCUAUCAGUAGUAUAAAUGAUAAAAAAUAUUAUAGUUUGGACAAUAAUGAUAUUUAUAAGAUGCUAGAAAUUAAAUCUGGGAAUGAUGCAAAUAUAGAUGAUAAUGAUACUUUAGAGCAAAUGAUGGCUGAAGCAAGUGAAGAGCCGGCGAUUGAUUUUUUGGACAAGACACAUGUUAAAUUACUAAAAUGUGAUUUAGAAGAGCAAUUGAAAGUAAAUGCUGAACUAAAAAACCUACUCUUAGCAUCCGUGGGUAGUUCGUUGAUGAACAAAUUGGAAACUCUGGUUCAAGAUAAGUGCAAAUUACAGUCCCAAGAACUGGAUUUUAACUUCAAACAAAGGCUGGCAACUUCAUCCCUCGAUGAUUUAACGGAAAAUUUUGGUGCUCUUUGUCAAUCCUAUCAAACAAAAUAUUUAGCUGCUAAGUUGAUGAAUAAUAAUUUAAACCGUGUCAUAUCAUAUUCCUCUUCGAUUUAUCUUAAAAUCGCUCAUAUUUUGACAAAAGAUAUCGCCGAAAGAAACGCUUUGAAAAGUGAAUUAGUCAAAAUUUAUAAAUUACUAACUCCCAAUCGAUCUAAUAAAGAAAUACCAAUUCCGAAUUUCGACAUUUUUGAACUUAUGCAUCGUAUCACAAAAUUUCUGAAUCCCCAUGAUAAAGAUAUUCCAAAAGAUGACCUGAUAAUUUCGCCUACGCCUAUCGAAUAUGAUUUACAACUAUUGCUCAAUGAAAUGAAUUCCAAAAUUGGUCAGAAUAUAAACGAUCUAAAUGCCGAGUCAAUAAUUUCCGAAAAUUAUUCUACGAAUUUAUCCAUCAUUCCUCGCCAAAAUAUUGGACCCACGAAAAUUGCACAAAAAGACGAUAUAGUAGACGCAUCUAGUCGGAUUAAAGUUGUAUGAUAUAAGUCCAACGAUAUCAUGAUAAAACAAUUGUCUUAAUUUUUAGGUUGAUCCAAUUCGCUUCUGGGUGAUUAAUUAUGUUAUGUUUAAUCUGUCACAUCCACCAUAUUAAAUUCGCCAUUUAGUUUCUAUAAACAUACAAUAACAAGUUAUAUUAGUAGGAAUGAGAAGGAAUAUGUUAUAAAUUUUUUAACAUCCUUUUUUUUGCCAGCUUUAUUAAAACAAAAUAUCAGGAGCCAAUUCUGCUUUUGAGAUAGGUUUCUAAUAUAAUUGUAUAUUCCAUGUCUUAUAAAAUUCCUCAUCAAUUUAAACAAUUUUUCAAUUAUUAAGACAUAAUAAAUUUGAUUUAUUAAAUUUAAUUUUUUUAAAACGAUUUUUUGAUUCUUGAAUCAAAAGAUGUUUUUCAUUUCAUAUUUUUUUAAAAAAAUAUAAGCGGGGCAAUUUUUAUAUUAUUUUACUUGUAAUUUAUAUAAUUUUUUUUAGCAUGAAAUCGCAAAUUCUUUAAAAUCAUUUAAUUGAUUUAUUAUAAUAUAAAAG